UUGCCCUCAUCAAGCCUUGCCGCACGCAACUUCUCCAAUCGACACAAAGCGCAGCGCAGGUGACGACGUCUGAGCAACGAGGGUCAAGGAGACUGCUGGGAAUGUAAUGUCCCCUUGGAGUAGGAGUACUCUGAGCCAGGUCGGUCGAGGUGGACGUCGAGGAGGUAGGGCCAGCACAGGGACUUCAAGCGGCGGCGGUGACGCAUACAUUGCUGUCGUGGCCUACCUCUUGCCAAUUCAUUCUAGCGCUGCUGCAGCACCAAGAUUGGAUACUGAUCCACCACGUAGCGCAAUAAUCUUCGAUGUUGCUCAUGGCUGUACGGAAGCGGCAACGCGCGCCUACGAAGACUGGUAUGGACGGUUGCAGGAGAUCAGGAGGAAGUGGGACGAUGCAUUCCCGCGAUGGAACCCACACAUCACCCUCAUUCCGCCCUUUGUCGUACCCAGAGACCCUCCUGGUCAGCUGGAUGAUGUUGCUGGCAGAAUCAGGACGGUCUGCGAGCAGCAGCCGAGAUUCAAAUUGGCUCUGGACGACUGCAGUCGCUUCAAGCUGCGGGCGUACAGCAACAUACAUCUCCGGCCGUCUUCGGGCCAGCCUGGAGCCCAGAAAAAAGAGACGAAUGACCACGUGAAUGAAGCAAGGGGGAGGUCAGAGUUGGUGAUGUUGCAAGAAGGGCUUCAAGCUGUCCUACCCGAAGCUAGUCUCAACCGGCGGGGAAAGGGCAACGCUGGAGGCAAUGGCCAGAAGCGAGGGCAAGGUGGCAGCUCACGAGGUGCGCCGGCUAGUCAGCGCCAGCAACGACCUUCUUGGCCCUUCAAUCCUCACGUAUCUCUUGGUCAAGCUCGCAACCGGGAAGAGGUCGACGUACUGUUUAACGCAGCUCGAAGUUUGAGCAACGGCCCUCGCGACGAGGAGAGCGAAGAGGGCAUUUCGGACACUGCUCCGAAAUCAGACGUCGAGCUGCCAGUCCAAGAGGUGGUGCUACUGUACUUUUCUCAGAGUCAGGGCGGUCCCUAUAGUAUCUGGGACAGCUUCAACUUGUCAGGACCUGCUGCACUGCCCUGAGAAAAGGGGGUGAGGUGCAUAUCCCUGGCCGUGCCUAAUCGUCGUUCUUCAGAAUCCGCCUCGCUUAGCUGUUACACAAUCACCAUUGCCGUGGCGCGUCU